AUGGUAAUGAAUAAUUUGUUUGUUGUGAAGAUCAUCAAUCUUUGUCUUUUCCGUGUAGAGUUUCUUCCUAUCCAGCAAUCCUACUUGCAAGGGUUCAGCGAGAAUAUUCUGGAGGCCUCCUUCAACACCGAAUUCGAGGAGAUAAACAGGGUUCUGUUGGGAGAGGAGGGGCAACAACAAGGCGUGCAGAGGCUGCAAGAGAGAGUGAUGGUGGAACUGUCAAAGGAACAGAUUCAGGAACUUAGCAGACAUGCCAAAUCUAGUUCAAGAAAAACCAUUACCUCCAAAAACGAACCAUUCAACUUGAGAAGCCGCAAACCUAUCUAUUCCAACAAGUUUGGGAGCUCUUCUUCUACCACACUUCAAUUCAAAGGCCAUAGUGAUACUAGUGAUUAA